AUGCUCCAAGCCAUUGUGCGCCAUUUGGCGUGCGGUACUCCCGAGUGCGCCGAACCGGCUCCGUUGCCCGCACCGAUUCUUGAGCCGGUACCCGAGCUUUUGGAUGAUGAGGAGGAUGGUGAUGCUCAUGCGCAAGGUGGAGUUGAGUUGUUGUCUCAUGUAUGUGUGAAUUUGAAAGUGAAAAAGGGGAUGGGAAACAAAAGCUCUAAACCCAAGAAAGAAGCUUUACCAAAGCAUUUCAGCCAUCGCCACCCUCUAAAUCUCAUCACUCACGAUCCCGAAACCCUAACCCUAAUUACUUCACCAUGUUCAGCAUGCAAGCUCGAACUCUCCGGUACGCGGCUCUACUCCUGCACGGUUUGCAACGACUUUUUUCUUCACGGGAGCUGCUUCGACAUGCCCAAGGAAAUCAUUCACCCUUUUCAUAAGGAACACGUCUUAGUCCUAUUGUCGAAGCCGGCUUAUAAGGAAGGCCGUUUUCGGUGCGAUGCUUGUGGUGAAAAGGGGAAGGGCUUCUCCUACCACUGCGACCCUUGCGGCACUGAUUUGCAUAAUUAUUGCGCCGUCAUGCCGUUUUCUGUCACGCAUGACUGUCACGUGCACAGACUGAAACUUGUUUUUGGAUCCUUGUAUGCUAACAAGAAGUUUUCAUGCGCUAUUUGCCAGAUGCCCGGUUCGCGUCAGUGGCUUUAUAGGUGCAGACCGUGUGAGUUUUACGCGCAUUUGAAGUGCGUGAGGGGUGGUGGCGGCGGUGUUGGUGGUGGUGGAAUUGCUGCUUUGGGGACUUUUACUGUUGGUGGUGGAAUUGUUGUUUUGGGUGCUUUGCCGGGGGAGAUGGAUGACGACGGCGGUGAUGACGACGAAAUAGAUGGUCAAGAUUUGUCGGACGUCGGAAAUGGUGCUGUUGAUUUGAUUGGUGCCUUGCUUGGAUUUUUGGUUUGACAUUUUCUUAAGGAAGAAUUAAGAAAUAACUU